AUGUACAGUUUAGUUACCUAUUUUAUUUGUUGGACUGAAUCAGGCAAGGGUAAAAAUUUUGAAAGAUGCAAUAUAAAGGGGCCCAUAAUCGGUGGUCCUUUCAGCUUGACUGAUACAGAGGGUCGCUUGGUAACCGAACACAACCUUCUAGGAAACUGGGUUCUUCUCUACUUUAGUUAUACUUCGUCUCCUGAUGUUGGUCCAGCAGAAGCCCAAAAAAUGGCCAAGGCUGUUGAUAUAUUAGAGUCAAAACAGAAUCUUAAAGUCCUUCCCGUAUUUGUUACAAUUGAUCCUCAACGUGAUACGAUGUCACAUCUUCGUGCUUAUCUCAAAGAGUUUGACCUGAGAAUAGUAGGAUUAACAGGAUCAGUUGCUGCUAUAAGACAGAUGGCAUGGGAAUACCGAGUGUACUUCAGAAAGGUUGAUGAAGAAGGGGAUGAUUAUCUUGUUGAGUCUUCCCACAACAUGUAUAUACUGAACCCAAGUAUGACAGUUGUGAGAUGCUUUGGGGUAGAGUACAAUGCAGAGCAAUUGGCAGAAACAAUACACAAGGAGAUGAAUAAAACUGGACAUAGUCGUUCCACAGAACUAAGAUGAUGUACGUCUCCUGUAACGGGCUAAGAGGAGCAUCAUAUUUUGGAUCUCAGCCUAACAUUUUUCACUCAUAGCCCCAUUGAAAUGUCAAUUGUGGUUUUUAAGUGGCAAUUUUGUUCUUGCUACGCACAACAUGGAAGCAAUUCGGUACUACUAUGCUACAUGUACGAGGUCUAGGACACAAGUCCAUUGAACGUGAUUAUGAGAUAGUCCUAUAGCAAUAUGAGUUUUGUUUUCGUUUUAAAGAUGGCAUCGAUUUUUUGAUUAGUUUUGGUGAAUACAUUUGGAAUAAAAUGAACUUUGCCAUUCAGAUGAUGGAAUUGCC